AUGGCGCUGCCCUACCUUGAGGCCGUGCUUUGCUUUAUGAUUCUCAUGUACAUAUUUGAGACAUAUCUUGACAUUCGUCAGCAUAGAGCCCUCAAGCUGCCAACUUUGCCAAAACCCCUGCUGGGAGUAAUUAGCGAUGAAAAGUUUGAACGCUCUAGAGCUUAUAGCCUCGACAAAAGCUACUUCCAUUUUGUUCAUGAGGCUGUGACUAUUUUAAUGGAUACCACAAUACUGUACUAUAGAGUUCUUCCCUGGUUUUGGAAGAAAUCUGGAGAGUUAGUUACCAAUGUUGGCCUGAAUGCUGAGAAUCAGAUAAUACACACCCUUGCAUUCUUAGCUGGUGCCAUGGUUUGGUCACAGAUUACAGACUUGCCGUUCUCUCUUUAUUCAACUUUUGUUAUAGAGGCUCGGCAUGGUUUUAACAAGCAAACUAUAUGGCUCUUCAUUAGGGAUAUGAUCAAAGGAAUUUUACUAUCCAUGAUAUUGGGGCCACCAAUCGUUGCUGCUAUCAUCUACAUAGUACAGAUUGGAGGACCUUACCUGGCUAUUUAUCUCUGGGGUUUUAUGUUCGUAUUAGCUCUUCUGAUGAUGACAAUAUACCCAAUUGUGAUAGCUCCUCUGUUCAACAAGUUCACUCCUCUUCCUGAAGGAGUCCUCAGGGAGAAAAUAGAGAAGCUGGCAGCUUCCCUCAAGUUUCCUUUGAAAAAGCUUUUCGUGGUAGAUGGGUCUACCAGAUCAAGCCACAGUAAUGCCUACAUGUAUGGGUUUUUCAAGAAUAAACGCAUAGUACUCUAUGACACAUUGAUUCAGCAGUGUAGCAAUGAGGAUGAGAUAGUUUCUGUUAUUGCACAUGAACUUGGGCACUGGAAACUCAAUCAUACUGUCUAUUCCUUUGUAGCUGUCCAGCUGCUUAUGUUUCUUCAAUUUGGAGGAUAUACUCUAGUGAGGAACUCCAAAGAUCUAUUUGAAAGUUUUGGCUUCGAGGACCAGCCAAUAAUAAUUGGAUUGAUCAUUUUCCAGCACACCAUAAUACCCAUCCAACACCUUCUGAGCUUCUGCCUGAACCUUGUCAGCAGAGCAUUUGAAUUCCAGGCUGAUGCCUUUGCCAAGAACCUUGGAUAUGCCCCUCAGCUCCGAGUGGCCCUUGUUAAGCUACAGGAGGAGAACUUGUCUGCGAUGAACACCGAUCCUUGGUAUUCGGCAUAUCACUACUCCCACCCACCUCUCGUCGAAAGGCUGCAAGCUCUUGAAGAUUCAGACAGCAAAAAAGAAGACUAA